AUGUCCUCGAAACUCGACAGGGAAAUCGACAUGCUACUUUCCCCCAACCUAUCCACGAGCAGCAGGAGCACAAAAUCUCAGAACAGACGUCGAAGAACAGGCUCUACUACACCAGCAAAGGCAAAGCGCAGGAGAUUUCGGAUCGAGAAGUUGGGAUGGAGAUACCUGAAGGACUCCCAUCGCGACUGCAUCGAUGAUGCAGAAAAGGGCGCUGCUGCCCUUAACAAUCUCUCAGCGGCUGCCCGGGAACACAUGCGCAACCUACAGCAUGUGCUGACAAUCGUUACUAGGAAGUACCCCAACCUGGACAGCUGUGUCUCCUCAAUCAUGGACAGCCAAGAGGAGUUGUUCAACCAGAUGACCGAGUGCAAGAGGCAUCUAUCAGCCGUCCGCACGGGGCUCGAGGUUGCCAGGAGCUUGGUCGAGGUUCUGGACCCUGCGGAGGAAGUCGAUGUGGAAGGGGAUGAGUAG